CCUUCACACGGUGCGCCCGUUGUCAUGGCGAUGGAGUCAUCCGCGGGGCUUGUUGCCAUGGAGAUGCCGGUGCGAUCGGGUGCGCUCCCGGUGGUGGAGGAGGACGAGGGCUCGUGCGUGCCGCCUCUCCCCGGGCUCGAGGAGCGACUGCGGUACCGUGCGGGCGGCGGGAGACGGCGACGUCGCGGGGUGCCGUUCAACCGGGCCGGCCACUACAUGCUGGUCGUGAUCGGCGACAUCGCCACCGAGCACCAGCUGGACGCCGCCAGAGCGCACGUCGAGGCCGGAAUCCGAUCCUGGGACGUGGACCUGGCCCGCUGCGACCUGGAGCAGCAGCUGCAGUUCUUCGUCACGCGCCACUCCGCCCAUUUCUCCCCGGACGUCAAAGGGCAAAGGACUCUCCACUACAAAAGCGAUGUACUAGAGACGGUGGUGCUGGUCAACCCCUCACAAGACACUGUCGUAUCUGAGAUCCAAUAUCUCAUCACCGAUUCGGCGGGACACAAGCUUCUGAUCUUGAGUGGCCUUAGCUCUGAUCACGGUGGCCUUCUUCUUCAAACGGGGGUUUUCACCUACGAGACCUUUGCUAGUAUCAUCGUAGAUCCUGGGGUUAGUGAACUACUUGGCCCAUUAAUCCCCAAGCAGCAGGCUACACUUACUGUGUACUGCCAAGGUGAGGUGGGCUGGAGCUCCCUUGGACAGCAGCCGAACCUCCGGGAAUUCCUCCAAUACAAACUAAACCCUGAGCUUGUCCUCCCAAAGAUGGAGGGGGUCACCGAGUUCACAGAGUACAUCUCUGCAACGGUUGACGUUCCUUCGCCUUUUGAACUGCUAGAACCACCAACAUCCGGUGGCUUCCUGAAACUGUCGAAACCAUGCUGCUACAUAUUUCCUGGCGGACGUGGAGACUCUGCACUCUUCGCCGUGAACGGCUUCAACAUCUUAGUAGAUGGUGGCUCCGAACGGAAAUCCUGCUUCUGGAAACUAGUCCGUCACUUGGACCGCAUUGACUCCAUUUUGCUUACACACAUCGGUGCCGACAAUCUCCCAGGGAUCAACGGGAUCCUGCAGAGGAAGAUCGCGGAACAGGAGGAGGAGAAAUCUCAAGGCUCUACCAACCAUAGUGAUUGGCUCAAGAACCUGAUCUCUCCAGAACUUGGAGUGGUGUUUUUCAAUGUACCCGAGAAGUUACGCAUGCCAGAAUCCACCCUAAAAGUCAAACGCAGCAUUGAAGAAGCCUCUUUGACUUUACAAUAUCUUAACAAACUGGGAGUCAGGCCAGAGCCUCUUUUUCGAGUCGUAAGCAACACAAUUGAGCCCAUUACCCUGUUCCACAAGAUGGGAGUGGGCAGGCUUGAUAUGUAUGUUCUCAACCCUGUCAAGGAAAGCAAAGAGAUGCAGUUCCUCAUGCAAAAGUGGGCUGGCAAUAGCAAGGCCAAAACUGGUAUUGUGUUGCCAAGUGGAAAAGAAGGAGAAAUAUCUGUGCCCUACCUGACAUCAGUUACCGCCUUAGUUGUCUGGCUUCCUGCAAAUCCGACCGAAAAGAUUGUCAGGGUCCUUUUUCCAGGAAAUGCACCGCAAAACAAGAUCCUGGAAGGACUGGAAAAGUUAAAGCACCUUGACUUUUUGCGUUAUCCUGUAGCUACACAAAAAGACAUGGCCUCAGGAGCUCCUCCUGUUGUAAAACAGACAAAGUUAAAACAAAGGACCGACAGCAAAGAGAGCCUUAAAUCUUCCCCGAAGACAUCCGCAAAGUUCAGCAAGGAAAAAACAGAAGGACAAGAUGAUGUCUUGGUUGGUAUUGAGACAAAGAGUGUGGCUGUGAAAGAAAACAUUCCUGUAAAAAAAGAAGAGAAAAAGCCAACCAAAACCAUUAAAUCUAAAACUGAUGUGCCAGAGAAGAAGAAACUUCUGAAAGAAAAAUCCUUGCGAAAACACUCCAAGGAAAGGGUAUCAAAGAUGGAUGAGAAAAAAGACAAAGAGAAGAAAGAGAUCAAGAAAAUUAGGAAAGACGAGUCGUCUAAAAAAGAUGAGAAGAAAGAUGUGAAGUCCAAAGAAGACAAAAAGAAAGUGACAUCUAAACCAGAGCUGAGAAAAAUAGCAAAGCCUGACCUCAAACCUCUCACGCCGGAAGUCCGAAAGACAUUACACAAAGCUAAAGUAUCAAGUAAAACAAAGACCGGAAAAACAAAACCAGUGAAGGCUGAAGCAGGUGAAUUAAAGCCAGAAGGACCAAAGAGUCGUGACGGAAAAGACAACCAAACAGAAGGCGUUCAACUGGAGUCGACAUUUAAUACAGCUGUUUUGAGUCCUUCUGCGCCUGAAGAUAUCACCAAGGACUCUGAAAUGACCACAGCUAAAGCUGCAGCUGAUUUGGCAGAGCCCCUAGGCUGCGAUGAUGUUGUUCUGCAGAUUACUGCUCAAAGUUUUCUCCAAGAGAAGCCAGGAGCACCAGAAACGGAACUCUUAACUGCAAAAGAGUCUCCUGAAAGAGAGGAGGCGAAAUAUGAUGACAAGAAAGACAUGGAAGAGACACAAAUGUUUGAGGAUGAAGGCGCUGCAUCCCAGGAUGAGGAGGAUGACGAAGAAGAGGCUGUAACUGCUGAGGCAAAGAGUGAGGAAGAGGAGGAUAUGGGCAUUGGAGAAGAAGAAGAUGAAGAAUUCCAGUUAAAGGAGCAUGAUGGUAGAGACAGAAAAGAUGAAACUGAAGAAAUGGAGAAAGCGAAAACGCUCUCAGCGAAGGUAGACACAAAAGAGCAGGAAGAGGACGAGGAGCCCGUAGAAAAGGCUGAACUGGAAGAGGUGGAAGAUCUCGACGUGAUAGCUGAUGAAGAGAUCAGCAGCGAAGGUGUGGCUGAAGAGCCUAUGGUUGGUGAGAGCAAAACUGACGCCUUUACCACUGCCAAACAUGAGGAAGAGGAGGAGGAAGAAGCCUACCUAUCCAAUGUGGAAGGGGCAACAGCUCAAAAAGCAGUAGACCCCAUUUCUUAUAUCCAAGAUGAGACCAUUCCAGGCUACUCUGAGACGGAGCAAACAAUUUCUGAUGAGGAGAUUCACGAAGAAGCCGAGGAGAAGAUACCACACCUUCAGUAUGACGUUGGCAUGUAUGACAUCUCGGUUCCAAAUCAAACUGGAUCAUUUGUAAACAUUCACGGCAUGAGGGAGAUGCAAGCUCCAACCAUGAUUGGAAAAGCUUCCAUCCCAGGCGUGCAGGAACAAAUAUCAAUGUUCACCAACAUCUUCACUGCCCCUCUAGCGGAAGAAGAGCAUGUAUCCUCUGCGACGUCUAUCACAGAGUAUGAUAAACUGUCAUCUUUCCCCACUUCUAUUGCUGAAGACCAGUCAGUUGCAUCCACUGUAAAUACUGAGGAACCAGUCAAAACCAGAUCUACCGAUCCCACUCGAGACAAAGACCAAAUUCUCUCAUCUGGAACGCUUUCACCGUCAUCUCUUGAAGAGAAGUCCCCUUCCACUGACUUACAGCUUCCUCUCGAAGAAACAAAGUUGGCUGCUAAGGUACCCGUUUCCCAGGACGACGACGAAGAGGAGGAAGAUCAAACUCCUAAUGUUGAUAUCGCUCUAGAAAAACUUCAAGAGGGCUAUGCUUCAUUACAAAUAAUAAAGGGACAAGACAAAGAUGUUGAAAAGCUGCCUGACUCUUUAUCUCCUGCUUCCAAUUCUCUAGAAGAGGUCAAGGCAGUCCACUUUCCGGUGGAGGAGGAAAAUAUAGAUGUUGUGGCCCCGAAAGAGGUUUCGUCAGUUGUCCCUACCAGGCUUUUUGGUUCAGACUCAGUAACCUCAGAGAGUGAGGAACGUUGUUUCAGUCCCGAUGAUAUCACUGUAAAAAUGGCCUCUCCAACACAUUCCGGACCCCCGAGCGUCACUCAUUCCCCUCUUCGUCAUUCACCAGUUGGAGCCUUCCCGGAUUUUGAACUCCAAAAACUUGCCGACACAACUGAAGACCAAAUCUUACAGGACAAUGAAGCAGUUCAAAAAGACAAAAAGCAUGAAAUGCAUGCCGAAGAUGUUUCAACAGUAUCUGACAAAACAUUUGACAAGGACUUGAAGGAGGUUGCAGGAAAUGGCAAGCAGACAGAAACAACAGCAAUACAAGAUGCAUCUUCAACAAAAGUUCAACCACCAAUGUCAGGAUGGGCUUCUUCGUCCUCAAAUCAACAAACACACUUUGAAUGUGAAACGCUAUUUCUUGCCCACUCUCCAGAAAGAGACACCGAUUUCUUUGACGAUGACUACGAUAAAAAGAAAGAUGAUAAAGAUGAUGCUAGAUCUGAAGUUGAAACAUUUAUUGCAGUGGAACAAAAAGAGAAGGAGAACAAUAAACAUGGUGCCUCUGCAUUGCAAGAACUGCAGGAUGAGCAGAUAUCAAAAUCUGCACUCCAGGAAGACCGAUGUGCCAUCACAGAUCAGAAGUUAGAGAAAGAUGCUAAUACAUUCAAUGUUAAACCUGUGAAAGAAGAGACACUUGAUGGUGCCAUGAAAGGUUAUGUUAAAGUGCUGGCAAAAGAUUCAACUCCUGUAGCUGAAUUACCCAAAGGAAAAAUAGUUGCAUCUGAGGAAAUACAGGUCAUAGAUAAAGACUCUAACCUCAAAACCACAGAGGAAGUUGCAGAGACAAAACCUGAAGAAGAUCAGAUUCAAAGCGUCCAUAGCACAGUGCCUGCAAAAGAUAAGAUGGAGAAAGAGGCAGAAGAUGAUAAAUCCCUCACAAAACCUUGUGAGGACGAGAAACAGGAGAAGAUUGAAAAGGACGAUACACUGUUUACUCAACUCACCAAAGAAGACGUUGUUUGCGUAGACACAACAUCAACUGUUGAGAGUUUUAUGGCCAAAGGAAAAGAUCAGGAGAUGGAGGAAGAGAUUACAUUUAAAAGUGAUAAUUUUUCUGCCGUACUACUGAAGUCACAACAGUCACUUGUAGAAAAGGAUGUCAUUGCAUUUUCUGAAAAUAAAGUCAGCAUGGAUGACACUUUGCAAGAAGAUGCUUACGCUGAUAAAGUCAUGGAAAAGGCUGAUGAUAAGGUGAACACCUCCACUGUCAAACCAUCCAGGGAGGAAGAAAUGACACUUGUGGAUCAAAAGGUUGACAUCAAAUCUAUGGGAGAAGAAACAGAUUCAGGAACAAUUAAAGAGGGAACAUCUACCAAAUCCACUAAAGCAGAGGAAUCCAAAGAUUAUUUUGACGUAAAAAAAACUGAAGAAGCAGACAAGAAGGUUGAUUUGAAAGAAAAACUCACCAAGGAAGAAGAUAAAGAGACACAGAAGGAUGAAGGUUAUGAUAAACAGAUUAAGUGUGAAGAUGAAAAAAUUGAAAAAGCUAAGGACAAGACUGAUCGCUCUGACGUUACCUUUGUCCAACUUACGGAGGACGAAAGGCUGGAAAAGAGCGCUCUUAGUGACAAAGAGAUUGCAAUCCCAGAGACUACGAAGAUGAAAGAAGAUGACAUCUCUGUUGACAAAGGAAUUUUAGAGGCUAAAGAGAAAGACUUGGAAACGGAUAGCACAAAAACAGAAAAAGGCGACAUUGUAGAGUAUGUGAAGAAUGCAGAAGAAAAAAGGGUUAAAGUUGAAGAUUUCAAUGAGAAAGUAAAAGAUAUAUUCAUUGAAAAUGAUGACAAGAGAGAGCCUGAGAUAUGUCCAAGUGGAGACAAAUAUGACUCCAGGAACGAAUCAUAUUCCCCAUAUGACACCCAACAAGUUUUAGUGAAGCAUGAUUCUACUUUUGAGGCUGAUGUUAAGAUGGAUGACAUGGUUGUCCAGUCAUUACCCCAGGCCAUAGAAGAGGAGGUAGAUACGAAGAAGAUGCAUGAAGAAUCCUUUAACACACUAACUGCAGCUCCCAGAGAGGAAGGUGCACUGGUGGAAAAAAAGCAGGAAUCCUCGGAAGUUGAACCAAGUGAAGAACAGCAAACAGUGCAUCCUGAAAUCCGGGAUUCCCUCCACAUGCAGGAAAAAGUGCUCAACGAAGAAGCUAAGGCCAUUAUCAGUGCAGUUGAAAGAACGGAGCAAGAAAAAGAUGAUGCUCACGUUGCCGAACUAAAUAAGGAAAAGAAGAUGGAGAAGGAAGAAGAAAAAGAAAUAACAUGUGAGGCAGAAGAUCUUCCGGAGCAAGAGACAAAGUCAGACAAGAUGAAAGAAAGUUCUUUGUCCCACAUGAAGGUUGAAGAUGCCAGCGAGGGAGAACAGUCUGAAGCUAAAGUAGAAAAAUGGGAGCGAGAGGAGUUACAAGAGAAGGACCUUGACAAAACCUCAAAACAAUCUGCACAGACCACUUUUAGAGAAACAAUGUUGGGUUCAAAGCCCGACAAUGAGCCUAACUUCCUGGUUCAGUCUUUAGAUGAAGACAGGGAAGAUGAAGAGGAGGAGUAUAUUUGUAUGGGCUCUAGACCUUUGUCAUUGGAGCCAAAAAAUUCAGAACAUGGCAUCAUGUCUGUAGAUCAGUUGUCAUCCCAAACGUCUUCGUCAAGUGAUCAAAUUCAGGAGACCACACUCAGACAAAACAUAAUAGUCAUACCUACACUUACAAUGCAGGAGCCUUCAAUGGAUGAUGACAUCAAAGACGUUUUAACCGAAGAAUUAAUUCCUUCUUUGGAUGCUAUGGAAACUGAAAUCACUCCUGCAUCGCUUUCCCACACGCAACAGCCAUCUUUUACUAGUGACACAAUAAAGGAGACAACUUCUAUUCCAAAACAAGAGCCAUCCUUUGAUGUAUCAGACUCUAAGAGAGAACAAGAGUCCAGCUUGACAGAGACAAAGAUUGUAUUGUCAGCAAUAUCUAGUACUGAACCUAGAAGUGCUGAAAAUCAGGCCCCGGUCCAGCCUCAAAAAAGCUCUGUGACCAUUGUUAAGAUGGAACAAGAGGAUAAACCUGUUAAGGAGGCAGAGCGGGAGAUGGAAGGAGAACGGGAGGUGGCUUCUCCAGGCUUUUCUCAGCCUUGUUCAUACUUCCUGUUGGAUAAAGACGCUGAAGACAGGGGCUCGAGUGCAAACCGUGAAAACAAGCAGAGUGCUGAUAAUGGAAGAGGAGGACUGCAAGAUGAAAACAGAUAUUUUGCUGCAUCGAAGUAUGAACCAUAUGAAAAGCCAAUUUCAAAAGAUUCUGUCACAAGAGAUGAGACUGCUGAGUUUCCAGGUCAUACGUUAGAAAUCAGUAUGGAUGAUAACAGGAGAACAAGCCAGACAGGGGCAGCCAUGUUUCUUCCGGAAGAUCAAGUCAAAGAAGAACCAAUGUAUUUAAGUGGAAUUGACGACAGCCCACAGAGUGAAAGCCACCAAUGUGCCUCCCCAAGACAUGAAGACCGUGAGAAAGGACAAGAAGAAGAGAGUGUAAGAGAGGAAAGAUCAGACAUGCCUCCUGCCUCAAAGAGUUUUCCAGCCGUAACCAUACAAGACAAUAAAAUGUCCCAAGAGUCUUAUAGGCCCAAAGAGGACAAGCCAGAGAAAUCAGAGAAAGAAAAGGAAGACGCAAAGGAAGGAACUUCUGUCGCCUUUCAAAUGGGUGAAAGGGAUCAGACCCUAUUCGGUGCUGCUACUCAUUCCACAGGACCACAAUCAAGACAAGACACCUCAGAUGAUGAUGCCUCAGCUACUGUAGUACAUUUUGGAGAAGUCACAGAGAAGGCCACGGAAAAUAAAGAGAAUGAACAAUCUGUAGAAUUCCUGAAAGACAGGAUAGAUUUCUCUGAUCAUGAAGACUCUCCAUCUGGUCGACAUUCACCAGCAGAAAAAGACUCUUUUCCCCCAGGUGCUUCAUGUUCAGGAAGGCAAGAACAGGCAAACGGAUCAAGAACAGGGUCAGCCUCCUCAUGUGUAGGACAGCAGAUAGAUGACAACAUCCGCGCUUCGGACAAUGGUCAAUCCCUGUUAGAAUGUCCCAAAGGCAAAGAAAACUUAAUAGACAUAAGAUUACUUGUCGAGAGUGAAGAUUUUAAUGUUGAUGAUGAUGAUGAUGAUGAUGAAGAUGAGAAUGACGAGGAGGAGGAUAUGAGUGACGUUGAGAUGGAAAAGGGUGCCAGAGAGCAGUCUGAAAAGGAAACCUGCAGGAGUAGUCCUGAUGAUAAAGUCACAUUAACUUCCCAUGAGGACGUAAAGACAACACCUCCUGGUGUGAGCUUCCUGAAAGAAGAAAUUUCCUUUAAAGUUUCAUCCGAUGAUGCCUCAGAUAAUGAAGCCUUUGAGAUGUCGAAGGAGGACACAAGUAAAAAAAUAUCAUCUAGUGACACAAACCUUGAAAAGAAAGACUUCUAUGGAGCAACAACUGCUGAUAUGACUCUCCCUGAGACCAAAAGUAAAGAUGAAACAACACCAUCACCAGGCAUCAGCGCAUUCAAAAUGGAGAACAUUUGUUUGAAUACCUCACAUGAAUCAAAGGAAAUUGAAGACAAAAAACAGUUCUCCCCUAUAACACAUAGAAAGUCAUCAAUUGCUGAGGAUGUUGCUUCCUCUGAGGUGCAGCAAGCAAAGAAAAAGGAUGAGGACAAAGCAUCUCUAGCUCCACAAUCAAGCAUUCUGACAAAAGAUCAUAGCCAGUCAUCACCCACAAGCAGCCUCAAUAGCAGCUCAGCACCAUCUGACCAGCCAAAGACCACAUCUAGUCCUGCAUCCGAUCUCUUUGCUCUGCAAACUGGAAGCUAUGCCGAUAUCGGACAGAGCGGGCCAAGAGAAAACGCUGAGCAAAUGGAGUUCAAUGAAGUUGGUCAAAAAGAUCCGCACCACGUAGCCCCAACAGAUGUAUGCCAGCCAGUAAGGUUAAGUGAUGAGGAAUAUUACCAAAGAGACACCCAAGUAGAAAGUGCGAUUGCAACGCAAAGUUCAGAUCUUACGGCAAAAACGGGGGAUGAGCUUCUCACAUCCACCACUUUGGCGUCUUCCUCUGCAACCAGUGCUGCAUCCCUUUUCUCAAGUUCUGGCCCUUUUAGCCACCAGUUUGAAGACUAUGAUGAAAGGUUUGUUGGCAUAUCAAGCUGCUUAGCCCAAGAGGUGCCACCAUUGAGUAGUGACUUUCUGAGCUCAGCCUCUAGUGGCCUUCAGAGAGACGAGUACAUGGAGGUGAUGACAAAACAUACAGACGAGUACUUCCAGUCAGAGAAGGCCAAAACGUCACCCCUGCAAAAUACUGACCCUUUAAAACAGGACGAGACAUUGUCCACAUCUCAAGCUUGUUUUGAUGUCGCCCCACAGAGGGCUGAACAAACUGACAGGACAUCCCAACAGACAACACCGGACAAAGACCCAAGCCCCCUACCAUGUGACUCUGAAUGUCAAAAAAUGUCAGUCGUGACGCACACUGCUCAACACACCACCUCGGUUUCUUCAGCUAAUACAAGUGGUGCUCUGACUACCUCAUGUGCCAUCACCGACCUGCCCGUUGCAGAGGAAGUAAAAGAGAAGGUUAAGACACCUGCGGUUGAAAAAGAGAAGCCUAUCGACUCUAAAGUGGAAAAGGAAAUUAGUAAAACAGCAAAAGGACAAGAAGAAGUAAGGAUUCUGGAAGAGAAGAUUUGCAAGGACGGUGAUAAACUGAUAAAGCCUUUUGAUCCAAAGAUGAGUGAAGAAGUAGAUGUCAAGAAAGAGGAAAUAGAAGCUGAAAGUCCAGAGGAGAGGGAAGGCUUUUUGGAUAAGCUACAGGAGAGAUUCGGGGUAAGGCGGAAGAGCAGUAUAUCUGAUUGGGAGCUGCUACAGAAGCCAGAUGAUUUCCCAAGUGCCCCUCCACCAGGUUAUGGUGACCAAGAGGAGGAAGCAACGGAAGCCUUUGAGUGGAUGGCAAGCAUCCACGGUGCUUCUCUGUUCUCCUCAAAAGUAACCUCUCUCACAGACACACCGAGCAAAGCAAAAACUGAUCGUCCAUCCGACUUGAAUACCCGAGCCACUUCUCCAUACCCUAUGGUGGACUCGUCCUAUGAAUAUAAACAGCGUAAAGGAGAACUCUCUCCCUCUUUCAUCAACCCAAGUCCACUUCAGUUCUCUGGUGACGAGGGCGAAGAUGACGACCGACGUGCCCGCUCCCAGGAAGGAAGAGAUGCAGAUCAUGAACAAAGAUCAGUAAAAAGAAAGUCACACAAGACAAGGCGCCACCACACACACCACGGAGAUGCUGCUUCACAUGGGAUGACCGGAACAUUAGCUGGAGAGGAAACACCUCCCACAUCCGUAAGCGAGUCAUUGCCUUCACAGUCCGAUUCCGAUGUUCCACCAGGAACGGAGGAGUGUCCUUCCAUCACCGCAGAAGGUAACCUGGACUCAGAUGAAGAGGCUGAACAUCUGCCUGUAGACAAACUGUCUGCUUCUGGUGCUGCCAGUGGCCAACGCACUCCCAGUGCCGAGGCAACUCAGAAAACGCACGAUCCACUUCCCACCUCCAUUAAAGACUCUCCUCCACAACCUCCCCAUCCAGAUGUGUGCAUGGUGGAUCCAGAGGCUCUUCUUCUUGAUAACAGGAGCACAGAAAAAGUUCCCAAGAAGGACCACAGGACCACCAGGAGCCUCAGAAAGUCCAAACCAAAAUCGACUUCUCCUGCUCGGAAAGGGGAAGUCAGAAAGAGGUCCUCCACUCCAGUGAAACAGGCUCACAAGGACUCUGCUUCACCUCGAUCAACCUCCCUUAGGAGAAAGGACCCAGAGAGGACCUCCAAGCUGGUCAAGAUGUCUGAGAACCAAGGUUCACGCAGUGACCUCCUUAAUCCUAGUAAGGUCCUCGUCAAUGGAGUGAAGAGCAGUGCAGGAAACAACUCUCAGAAAGCCACUUCGGGUGUCCCUCCUGGACCGCCAGUCUAUGUGGACCUGGCCUACGUGCCCAACCACUGCAGCGCCAAGAAUGUCGACCAAGAGUUCUUUAGGAGAGUGCGGGCGGCGUACUAUGUGGUGAGCGGGAAUGACCCGAGCGGCGGGGAACCUAGCCGUGGAGUCCUGGACGCCCUGCUGGAGGGCAAGUCUCAAUGGGGCUCCAACCUGCAGGUCACUCUGAUCCCAACUCAUGACACAGAAGUGACCAGAGAAUGGUACCAGCAGACCCACGAGAGGCAGCAAGACCUGAACAUCAUGGUCCUGGCCUCCAGCAGCACCGUUGUCAUGCAGGACGAGUCUUUCCCGGCCUGCAAGAUCGAGUUUUGAGCCUCUCGCGUUUCACCCCUACCUGUCUAGACCCCUCGUCCCCCUCUUGCUUCCUCUUUUCCCCACCAUCGAGUGUGACCGAGCUGCUCCUCGCUCCUUCAAAGCGGUACCAAACCAUUCGCUCAGUAAGGCCUGGUUCUGGUUCUUAACCCUUGCGCUUUUACACAAGUGCUAAUAUUAACAUCUAAAUGGAAUUUUUUGGGUUAAAAACACUUUAAUGACAAAAAACUGGUGCCAAGUCAGUGAAAAUGCACCAUUAAAUAUAAUAUGAAUAAUCAACAGAAAGUAUUACAGGAAUGAAUACUUUUUUUUGCUAUUCUAUUAAAAACGACGACAACAAAAAAUGUACUUAACUCUAAUUUUCUGGUUAAUAACUAAGCACACUGGCCACUUCAUUAGGUACACCUGCUCAAUCAAACAGUUUAUAUACGUAUCAAUAUAAUUAUAUUAAUACAUUUUAUGUUUUUAGUUAUGUUAUUAUUUUGGUAUGGAAUUCAAAAUGUUUUAUUACAGUGGAAUCCGCUUAAAACAGCCCAUCUAUGUCGACCAACUCAUGAAAUUCCGGUCCACCGCGUUCUUUUUAUCACAAAAAAAAGUGCCCUUUUAAGUUAACAUACACGGUUGACCGCUUUUGUCGACAUAAAAACUCAUUUCUAUGAAAAAUUGGGUGAGUUUACGUGGAGGUCCUUAUUACUGUGUUGUCUCUGGCCUGCCUCCUUGUCCUGGGUAGAAGGAUGGCAUGGGUGUGUGAUGGAUCAAGGAUGACGUCGGUGAUGAUCGUUGAAGAAAGAUUAUUGAAAUGAAAAGUGAGCAUCUGAACAGGUCCUGAAGAAUCCUGUGGAGGAUCUAGCCAAAUGAUAUCUGGUGCAGCUGGACAACCUUCUUAUAGUCUGAUAUGAUGUCAUCUCAGUCGUUAGGUUCAUGGUGUAGAAGUCGACUGCAUUACGACCCUGUAAAGCAGGGGUGUCCACACUGCGGCCCGCGGGGCAUGUGUGGCUCGCCGCCGUCCUCAAGUUGGCCCACGAGACUGCCCGCAGGGAGAUUUCAAUUAAUUUUAAAAGUCAAAUUAUAUGCAGCUUUGUCAAAACCUUGUGGAGAAAAUUAGUAUUUCAGGUCUAUGACCACUUACCAUGCUUUUAAAGGAGCACAGGAUUUAUUUAUAUGAUAUAUAUGCAAACAACCUUCCCUAGUCAUGGUGCAAAAAAAAAACCUAUCGAACCAACACAAAAUGCCAAUAACACAACGUAACACAAUUUGUGGAUAUUAUAAAACACGUCCAUGCACUACAAGACAAUUUGAAUUACACCCAUUUGCAAAGCAUGAUGGGAAAAAUGCAGAACAGUUUCUCCACUCUUAUACAUGUUUGGUGCAUUUUAGCUGCUUGAUAUUUCUGAUUAAUUACAAAACUUUAAGGAGGUUGUCACGGACGUAAACAAGGUAGGAGUCCAACUUUCACACACUCUUAAUAUCCAAUUAUAAUAAUUAAUAAUUAUUUAUCCAUUAUAUUAAUAUAUGUACACACACACAUAUAUGUAUAUAUAUAUAUA